AAGCUCCUCCAAUGGAACAUGCUUUAAUUGCUUCUACUUUCUCUCUCUACUUUCUCUCUCUAGACAUGCAUCCUCCAUAAACCCCCGUCAUGAAGGAUUCGAUUCCGUAACAGCAUCCGCCAUUACUACUUAAACCUUUGCUUCCCCACCAAGUCUCCAUCGCCACCUCCCCCCACCACCACCUCCGCCGCCCGCCGCCGCCGCCGCCGCCGCCGCCGUUUCCCCGCUUCCCCUGCCGCCGGGAUGGGGACGAUAAAGAAUGGGGACACCUACUUUGGGAACACAACUUUUCCUCAAAAUAUCCCAAGUGGUGUUUUAGCUCACAGAAACUUGGGGAAGAAUAAUCUUGGCGGUGUAAUCUUUGGUUGCAAGGACAACACAAUGAAGGAAUGCCUAUUCAAACAAAUAUUUGGCUUACCAUCUUCGCACAUUGCUUAUGUCAACCAUAUUGAACCGGGCUUGCCGCUGUUUUUAUUCAACUACUCAGACAGAAAACUUCAUGGAAUUUUUGAGGCUGCAAGCCGUGGUCAGAUGAAUAUCGAUCCUUAUUGUUUUAGCACUGAUGUUUUAGAGAAGACUCCAUAUCCGGCACAGGUUCAAAUUCGUAUCAGGAUGCAAUGCCAACCGCUGCUGGAAGAUCAGUUCAAGCGAAUAAUUGCGGACAAUUACCAUACAAGCAACCAUUUCUGGUUUGAAUUGGACCAUGCUCAAACAAGUAAAUUGAUAUCCCUAUUUGCAUCUUUAGCCAUCGCUCCAUCAGUUCCCCAGUCUAUAAUCCAGAAGAGAACACUUUCACAACCUCUUCUCUCUGAGGAAACAAGAGGAGAAUGGGAAAAAAUGAAGCAUUUUACUUCAAUGGAAAAACUUGAGCACUCAAGUGGGAGAUCUGAUUCUGCAGAUCCUUCCCUUUCUUUUGAAGUAGAUGAUCAGCUAUUUGAAGGUCAUGCAGGUAGUUCAAGUACUGAGGGCAUAAAAUCUGAAGAAAACAGCUUCAUUGAGGCACCUGUGGACAAGAAAUUACAGGAUUUUCAUUCCUAUGUUGACCUAGAAGAGAAGAAAUUACAGGAUCUUCAUUCCUCUUCUGAUAUUAUUGCCCAGUUGAUUGAAGAAUUGGGAGAGCUCAAGGUCUUUAAGAAGGAACAAACUCAAAAGAUGAUUGAUUUGGAGCAGAAGCUGGUUUGGGCAGAAAACGAAAUUUGUUAUCUGAGAGAUCACUGUAACUUGUUGGACUCUUUGUUGAAAUCUUCAUCACAUAAUGCUGUUCCUGAGGAAAUCCAAUCUUCUGAGGAAUUGGAACUGGAUCUUGAUUUUAAGAAUUCCAUCAUUAUUGUUGGAGGAUACGAUGGUUCAUCAUGGUUAUCUGCCGUAUAUUCCUAUUUCCCUUCUCACAAUGUAGUAAAGUCUCUUACCCCGAUGAACUUUAUCCGUGCAUAUGCAUCUGUUGCAAAGUUUAAAGAAGAUCUCUUUGUGUUUGGUGGUGGAGAUGGGGAAUCCUGGUAUGACACAGUCGAAUCAUACAGUUUAGCUGAAAAUAAAUGGACCGUGCAACCAUCAUUGAAUGCUAAAAAAGGAAGUCUGGCUGGAGCAGCUUUAGGGGAAAAAAUUUUUGCUCUUGGAGGCGGGAAUGGACGAGACUGCCUUUCAGAUGUUGAGAUGCUUGACUUUGACAUCGGCAAGUGGAUCUGCACACGGUCAAUGCUACAAAAGCGAUUUGCUCUUGCUGCAGUGGAGCUUAAUGGGGCAAUAUAUGCUACUGGUGGCUUUGACGGCAAUAAUUAUCUUAAUUCGGCUGAAAGAUUUGACCCAAGAGAACAUUCUUGGGCCAAAAUUGGAAGCUUGACCACAAAGAGGGGCUGCCAUUCACUGGUCUCGCUGAAUGAAAAGCUAUAUGCCUUGGGUGGUUUUGAUGGAAAUUCAAUGGUUCCGAGUGUUGAAGUGUAUGAUCCACGCCUGGAUUGCUGGAUGGCUGGGGAACCAAUGAAUUGUGCUAGAGGGUAUUCUGCCGCCGCUGUCCUUAAUGAGUCGAUAUAUGUGAUCGGAGGUGUAAAGGCCGAUGAAGGCAUCGUAGACACAGUUGAAUGUUACAAGGAGGGCCAAAGUUGGCGUGAAACGUCUGUGAGAGGCAUUGGGCAAAGGUGUUUCUUGUCUGCCAUCGUCCUGUGAGAGAAGCUUCUUUUAGCAGAAAUGUUUCCAUUUUCCUUUUGACUGGUGUUGCAGAUAUCUUCCCACACAUAAAAUGGAUCGGUGUUAGAGAGUUCUGUAUAUUGUUGAAAGCUAGGGGGAAUAGAGAGAGAUGCAUAGGAAUGUACAGAUGAAUUCGAGCUUGCUCAUGUCACAAGAGGCCUUUUGUUUUGUUGCA